AAACAACAAAAAAUAUAAUAAAAAAAAUAAAUAAAUAAAAAUAAAAAAAUUACAAUUGGCACAACCAUAAAUCAUAAAACUUACUUCUCUGCCAACAACACCAACUAAGGCAACGACGGCAAAAAAAAAAAAACUGGCUGCUACCACACGCACACACACAUACAUACAUACAUGCAAACGUGUAUAUAUCUUACGAAUAUUCUACGCCUGCUGGCCUGAGUUUGUUGCUAUUGCCAGCUACACAGAAAAUAUAAGCCAAAAAUUUAGCAUGAAAAUUAAGUGGACAACACUUCAACUGUAACUAAUUAAAAUGAACUAAAUUCAAAGGAUAUUUAACGGUUGAGGAAAAAUUACUAUAUCCACAAUUUUACCUGUAUGCAAAAUAUUAUAAUUCCGUGCCAGUAUGAGUCGUUUACACGUUAUUGUACAUCCUGUGAAAAAGGAAUUUCGUCGAGAUAAAUGUGGUUUCGAUCACUCGCCAGCAGAUGAUUUCGUUAAAUCACAAUGGCAGAGUCGCACCAAAAGUGUUGCAUAUUUAAUUUACCGUUGGCUUAUUGCGUUGUUCUUCACGGCCGUCGUGAUAGAUUCUAUGCUCGAGAAGGAGGAGGGUUCUUCGUCCAACUUUUGGCUGUAUUUUAUUUACCUCACCAAUUGGGGUGUCAUGUUGUGUAUGCUUACAAAUAUACUCGGCGCCAUUCUAGUCACCACAUGGCAUUUCCAUCCAGAAUAUGCGGAUAAAUUGCUGAAUAUGGAUUCGUUGACUAGUCCAUUUGUUAUUUAUUGGAGCAUGCAUAUAAUAUCUCUAGUCCUUUCCGUAGUGAUAACCAUAAUUUAUUGGAGUUUGCUGUAUAAUGCCGCAGAGAGUUCCUUAAAUGCCACCAAUGUGUUGACUCACGCCUGCAACUCCAUCUUCAUGUUCAUCGACCUGCUGAUUGUGGCGCAUCCUUUACGCCUACUACACAUGUUUUUACCAGUUACUUUUGGCAUCAUUUUUGCGAUAUUUUCUUUCAUUUACCAAAAAUGUGGCGGCCUGAAUAGAAGAGGCAAACCGUACAUAUAUCACGUCGUCGAUUGGCGUGAACCGUUAAAUGCAACGCUGGUCGUAAUUGGCGUUUUACUACUAACCUGCUGCAUCUACACGAUACUCUUCACGGUCUAUAAGCUACGCACUCUGCUCUAUCGACGCAUUAAUAAUGCGUCUUAUUACUUUCCAACAACAACGCCGUAUGCUGGUAACGGCGAAAAGUCGACAGCGAAUGGUACGCUACCAAAAACCGUUAAAGGCACGGGUAUACAACAUUCACCAUCGGGUAUUUCAAUGGUUUUGGGUACUGUGAACACCUCGGCGGGCUAUGAUAAUGCGGCAUUCACCAAAAGCACCGAGAAGUUGGCAAAGUAUUGAGUGAUUGUUGCUGUGGGGAUUGUAGAUGUAAGAAUCCAAUGUACAGUUUUAUGCAUUAAAAAAUAUUAUAAUUUGUAAAUAAGUCGUAUGUAGAAUUAAAAAUAUAGUCUUCCUGUAUAUAUCCUGAUACUUUUUAAUUCAGAAACCAGAUAGGAAAAUAUAACCAUGAAUGUGUUACGUAAUAUCCCGAGCUGAAAUAGCAAUCAUCUGCCGCUUGAAGAACAACAAAGCGGCGGAAGGUCGAUGGUUGCCUGUCGAGCUAUUCAAAUAGAGCGGCAAAGAACUGAUCACAUUUUUGCAAAGUAAGUUCGGUCGAAUGGAAUUUUGAAUCCCAAGUGUACUGUGCCCAAUCCACAAAAAGGAAAAUCACACAGUCUGCGCCAAAUUCUCGUGGUAUAAGCCUCUACAAAUUCGCAUAUAAGAUGCUAUUGAGCCUAUUGUGUGAAAAACUGAAGUCCACCGUCCCGGACCUAAUCAGUGUGGCUUUAGAUCUGGUAAAUCCAACACUGACCAUAUAAUCACCAUGAGCUAAACUUUGAAAAAAAAC